GCUAGAACUUGGAAUCAAGUUGGUCUUCUGUCUACCUUUCUCUAUCUAUACUAGUGGGAAGAGGAGAAGCCUGAACCACUUGUCCCCCUUAGCCUGUCUGUAGCCUGGAAUCCCAGGGAUGCCCUCAUCCCUGUUCUUGGGCCAAACCCAACCUGGCAGGCCCUCAUAUGCAAACAUAACACCCCAUAAACUCUGUAUGUAUUUCAUAGGCUAUCAGAACUGGAAAGAGUCUCAGAGGCGAUCUUAAACAACGUCCUCAUUUUACAAAGGAAGAAACUAUAACCUGGAAAGAAGGUUAUGCAAUGAGUUACUAGGACAAUGGUGAAGGGAACUGUAUACUGAUCAAAAUGCUCUUUUGACCCUCAUGAUAGGUUUGUGAGGCAGGAAGGCAGGCAGGGAUUAUUAUGCCCAUUUUACAUAUGAAGAAACUGAAGUUCAAAGUAAAAAGUUCCUUUAUCCAAGGACCCGAAGUGCUUACACCUGGGACUUUGGUCUUCUAAGUCUCAAGCUCAGGCUCUUCCAACUACCCCCUAACAUUUCUCCCCUGACCAGGAUGCUCCCGGCCCUCAGAUAGAGAGGGUGUCGGGAGCUUGCCAUACUGAAGACCGAGAGGAAGACAGAUAGAUGCUGGUGCUGCUUACUGGCAAAGGAGAAUUCCCCAUGGAUGCAGUGGAAUGGUGCAACGGAAAAGAUGCUACAUCUUGAAUCAGAGGAUCUGGAGUCAAAUUCUACCUCCACUCCUUGCUAUCUGUGUGGCCUUGAGCAAGUCAUUUACCCUAAAACUGGAUUAUCUCUAUGCAGUUACUGCCAUUGUGAGGGCUGAGGGUGGAAGGGUAUAAGGACACAAGAUUUGUAAGGAGGCAGAUGAUCAUGCCAACUGAUCUGCACUGAUUGUGCCAAUUGUAGAGUGGCAUACCUUUCAGAGAAUAAAAAGAGGGGCCCAUACUGGCGUGGUUAUUAAUGGGUUUUAUUAGUAAUGAAUGGGUUAAUUGGGGGAAUAUACUAUUAAGAUGCCUGGGUGGCAGCAAGGCCAAAGUAACAUGGUGGACCCCUGCCACCAACCCUAGCCUGGGUCAGAUAUUAUAUAGAAACAGAACAAAGAGAGGCAUGGGGCCAGGGAUGGCACAGGGUCACGUGCAAGUCUUCCCAAGGGAUAGCUGGAGUUUCUUUUGCUGCUUACAUUUUCUGUGGAGUCCUAGGUCAUGUUCUUACUCUGGCUUCCCCUGUACAGGGGGGAGAAAGUGAAUGCAAGGGACAUUUAGGAGAAAGUCACCAGGACACAGAGGCUGCAGGCUGGCCUGGUCCUGUGGACAUAGCAGCGAACCAGGAGAGUGCAUAUUCUGUGUGGGAGUAGAGGGGUGACUAAGGAGAGACAGUCCCUGCAGCUUUAUAAGGAAGUGCGCUUACAGGGGACAGGAAGAGCUCUUGAGAACAGAGCCUGAGCCAGAGGCAGAGCCUUCAGAAUAACCUGGCAGGGGGAAAGUAAGAGCAGCCCAGGCGAGGACCGCAAAGACCUUCGGGGACUGGCUGCUGUCCCAGCUAAAAGACAGGCUUCAGGAAGUACAGAGCUGGACCUCAAGGGCUGUCCUGUUGGGAUGAGGGUCUUUAUCACCCUCCUGUUGGCUGCUCUGCUGUGCCUAAAUCAAGGGAGUGGACAGAAGGAGAAAAAGUGGGCCGAUGAAAACAAAGAUGACUAUGAUGAGUAUAAGGAAUAUGAUGAAAGCGAUGAUGAUGAUGAUGAUGAUGAUGAUGAUGAUGAUGAUGAUGAUGACGACGACGACGAUGACGACGACACCAAAAUUAAACACAUUCCCUAUGAAGGCUCUCUGGAAUGCUACACCUGUAAAUCAGUGCCCAAUGAGGAGAGCUGUAAUAAGAUCCAAACCUGCCCAUCUUCUAAAGCCUUCUGCAAAACCAUCAUCUCCAGAGGGAAUGCAGAGUCCAACUUCUUCACCACCUACUCAGCGUGGUGCUCAGAUACCUGCCAAGAAGCCACCAAGAUCAUCGACGGGACUCACGUGACCGUGUCCUGCUGCCAGUUUGACUUGUGCAAUCCCUUGUGGGUAAAAGGCCGAGUCCCAAGACUGAAAUCAAAGGGCUCGUGUGAGUGUGGGGGCAUGCUGCUGAGUGUGGGGACGGCCAUCCUGCUCGUGCUGGGGAGAGACCCAUGAAAGGACACCCCAGGCCUUCACUCUGCUGUCGGCCCUCCCUACCUCCGGAGCCCUGACUCUGCUUCCACCCAGCCUGGGGAAGAGCUCUUGGGCCCUUCUCCCCCGGCCCCUGUUCUUUGUUUCCCAAGUGCUGCAUUCUACUCAAAUCAUUCUGUUGCUGUUCAGACCUCUGACAUGCUAGGCUCUAAAGGCCUUUCCAUGGCGUAUGUUCUCAGGUCCCUUCCAGUUCUCAUGUGCCAUGUCCAUGAUCUAACUUCUCUCGCUGCUCUGAUUUUUCCGUGUUCUAUGUUCUGAGGUGUCUCCUAGCUCUAACAUGAUGGGAGGGGACCCAAGGAAGGAGGAAGCUUCCCUCAGGCCAGCUUGUCUGUCUCCAAGAGACCACAGAAAUGUGCAGACUUCUAGGACUGUACUCCAGUCUCCCUGCCUGGGUCUCCCUGUAGGGAAGAAGAGAGGCGUAGGUGAUGAGGGGCAAUCUGGAAGCAAGCUCCUAUAGCUUGGUGCUGGCACUGCCCUUCUUUAAUGCCGUCUAUCCAAAAGGGAUUGUAGAACAAAGGUCUAAUGUGGGUUUGGUGGUGGGGAGAGUCAUAAAAGAACAAAAUGUUUCCUGGGCUAUUCAUUUUUGAUAGAAAUCCCACAGACCUCAAAGCAUUUUAAUCCUUAUUGUCUAUCCUCGUGCCCAGAGCACUGAUUUCUUGCAAUAAAGUUUUGGUUCAUUGGCAGCAGGAUUCAAACUCUCCAGUGACACCAGCAGCUGGCAGAUCCCUGCUCCUCUCCGUGACCUAUUUCCUCAACUUUAAAGGGAGAGAAUUGGACUGUGGUUUGUAAGAUCUCUUCCUGCUCUGUCAUCCUACCUGCCUGUUGGCCCAGCCAGAACUAGAAAUAGGCAAGGUAGGCAGCUGGCUGGGGUAUAACAUGCAAGGGUCAGAGGCAACAAGGGACACUUUUUCAUAUAACUUUUUGCAAAUGUAUAUAUAUUUAAAGCCAAAAAUUUAUACUCUAUAAGUUAUUAGGAUUGAUUUUUGUAACAAAUGAGUGCCUGGGCAUUUUAGUGAAAGUAUAAGAAGGCAGUAGCACAUAUUGGGGGGGACCAUUCUCAAAAUUUGUCAGAGAUUCACAAACACUUUAUGGUUUCUCCAGGUUACAUGUUAAAGAAUUCAGAGCUGGAAGGGACCUUAGAGAGGUCCAAAUCUCCCCAACCCCAUGUUAUUUAUUCUUUUUAUUCUAUAAUGUGAAGAGAUAUUUUGUUAUAACACAAUAGCUGUUACCCAGCAAACACCCAAACCCAUUUACAUAGUACAUUCCUUGAAAGACAGCUUAUCAAUUGUUUCUCCCCAUGCAAUAACUUUUAUUUAUGUAUUUUUAAUAUCAGAACUUUUUCCUAGUAUACCACCUCCCCAAUGAUUUUUCUCUUUUAACAAAGAAAAAUUGAAGUGAAACCAUGAAGUAGCUAUGCAGUAGUACAUAUAUUUUUCCUCACCUGUACUGCUCCACCUCUCUGCUCAAAGGAAGAAAAUGGUUUCCUCUCUUUUCUAUUGGACCAGGAUUAGUCAGUGUAAUUAAUAUAACAUCAGGGGGGCAGCUGGGUAGCUCAGUGGAUUGAGAGCCAGGCCCAGAGAUGGGAGGUCCUAGGUUCAAAUAUGGCCUCAGACACUUCCCAGCUGUGUGACCCUGGGCAAGUCACUUGACCCCCAUUGCCUAGCCCUUACCACUCUUCUGCCUUGGAGCCAAUACACAGUAUUGACUCCAAGACGGAAGGUAAGGGUUUAAAAAAAAAAAAAUAUAUAUAUAUAUAAAACAUCAGGAGCUUUUUGACAUUGUUUUGUUUACAUUAUUGUAGUCAUAUGUGUUAUUCACUUGGCUCUUCUCUUUUCACUCUGUUUUAAUUCAUAUAAGUCUUCCCAUGUUUCUCUGAAUUCUGUAUAUUUGUCAUUUCUUAUAGAGUAAUAAUAUUCUAUUAUGUUCAUAUACUACAAUUUAGUCAGUAAUUGCUUUAUUGAUGGACAUUCACUUUGUUUCCAAGGUCCUUGCUACCACAAAGAAAGCUACUUUGUUAUAUAUGAUUAUAUAUUGUCAUUGACUUGUAUGAAUAGGUAUAUAUAGGCCCUCACUGUGUCAAAAGACAUGAAUAAUUUAGAGGCUUUUUCACAUAAUUCCAAAUAGUUUUCUAUAAUCAAUCCCUUUGCUUUAUAGGUGGAGAAAAACUGAGGCCUAGACAAAGUAAAUUACCCAAGGUCACACAUGACGUAGAUUGUAGAGGCAAGAUUCAAAUCCAUAUACUUGAUUCACAACACCAUGUUGAGUUCAUCUGUGAGAAGGAGGGACAACCCUACCUAUCACAUACCAGGAAUAAGAGCAGUCACAAGACCUGAGGGGAGAAACCAUCCUAAGAAAUGUGGGACAGGGUCCAAAGCUUCGAUGUAAACCAGAGGCUAUUCUGUGACAUAUCAGGGUGUUCACAGGAUAACAGAUGAUACUCAACUGGUGCCAGUAAGGACAUGAAAUCAGAGAGUAAAGAGUGAAAUAACAGUGGUAGCUUCCAAAUCUAUGGAGCAUUAAAUUCAAUUGAUAUUGCAUUCUAAAUUUUGUGUCAUAAAUCAAACCUAAAACCCAAGGAGUAAAAUCUUACUUAAAAACCUUAGAUAGAACAAGAUGAGUUAAUUCACAGACAAAGGAAAUAUUUCCUUUCUAUGCUUCUUUCUAUGUCCAUCAGAAAUUCCCCUUCCUCUUUCUGAAAGUCCCCUCCCUCUUCCCCUAUUUUCCUAUAACCCAUAUCUUUAAAAUUUUCCAACUGACAACCUCACAACAACUCUGUGAUGCAGAGAGUUCAAAUUUAGUAUUCCCUUUUUGCAAAGGAGGAACUGCACUUCUGGGAAGUUGUGAUUUAUCCAUAAUCAAACAGGAGGCAAAUGUUAGCAGAUUUGAGCUUAGAUUUCCUAACUCCAAGGCCAGUAUUCUUUUUCACCCUUCCUUUCAAGCUAACCAAACAUGGGAUCCAAAAUGUGGGUGGUGGAGCUUAAUAAUAAUAAAAAACAGUAAUGGGUACAAAUUAUGCAAGGAAGUUGUGGAACUGUGCAAAACAUUCCUCAGCUGAAAAGAAUUUAGCAACUAAUCUCAAAAAAAAUGGAGGUAAGAGAAAGAGGAAUACAAUGGGAAAGGGGGAGGAAGAAGAAUAGGCACACAAGGAAAUACUUUUACAAUAGAGGGGGAAAUGGGACAAUACUUGAACCUCCUUCAUCUGAACUGGUUCAAUGAGGGAAGAAUAUACAUUUAUAAAAACUCAGUUGGAUACAGAAAUCUAUUUUACCCAACAGAGAAGAAGAAGGGAAUAAAAGAAGGGACAUUGCUAGAAAGUGGGGUGGAUUGUGGGAGGAAAUGGUCAGAAUCAAAACAGAAUUUUGAGGAGAGAUAGGGCAGAAAAAGAGGAAGAAAGAAGGACAAGCGGAAGAAAAUUGACUGGAGGAAAAAAUGCAGUUAGUAUUCAUAAGUGUAUAUGUGAGUAGAAUGAAUUAACCCAUAAAACAAAAUCAAAUAGCAGAAUAGUUUAGAAACCAGAAUCCAACAUCAUAUUUACAAGAAACACACUAAAAACAAAAAGACAUACACAGUUAAAAUAAAGCAUUGGAAGCAGAAUCUGUUAUGCUUUAGCAGAAAAAAAGGCAAUAGCAAUCAUGAUCUCUGACAAAGCAAAAGCAAAAAGAUACUUAAUUUGAAAAGAUAAUCAGGGAAACUACACUUGCCAAAAGUUGCCAGAGGCAAAGAAGUAAUGUCAAUGCCAACAUAUACAAAAAUAUUAAUACUGAUAUUUGCACCAAUAUAUGUAUAGCACCUAAAUACUUAAAGGUAAAGUUGAAUGAAUUACCAGGGAAACUAGACAAUAAAACUAUAUUAGUAGGAUACCUCAAUUUUCCCUUCUCAGAACUAAAUAAAUCUAACCACAAAAUAAAUAAGAAAGAAAGGAGAUGAACAGAAUUAUAAAAAAGACAUUAUAGAAAACUAAAAUUAUGCAAGGAAAUAGUAGAACUGUGCAACAUGUCCAUCAAGUUAUAAAAAAUGUAAACUUUAAAUUACUCCACCCUACUUAAUCUAACAACACCAGGAAUGUCUACACCCAUACUUAAGGAUUAAGUAUUUAGGAAAAUGGCCUUUGAUAGACAUGUGCUAGCAAAUGACAAAUCAGAAACAGCUGGCAGACCCCUGGGCUGUCCUAAGUCAAGCUAAAGCUAACAUUAGUACAGAUGAGACACAGGAAAGUGAUGUAAAACUGUUUAUAUAUUUGGCAUCACUUCCUCUCUUGGGUCACUUUCCCUGGAGAGGUGGCUCUGGCUGGCAGCAUGCUAAGCAUUCCAGCAUCUUGGUGUGAAGCUGUUGUCCGGUUUGGCAGUGAAUUUUCCUUGAUACUAUACUGGGAGAAGUUGAGUAGCUAGUUCAGGUUCAGGCAUCCUGGCUGAGCCCUCUUGGAGUUUAGGCUGAUUCCUUUCUCCUUUACCUUCCAACACUAUCCUCUUAGAGAAAGCCUCUAAUCUUUCCCCUGGCAAAGGCCAGGCAGGAGAAAUCCUACAUCUUUCCUUCUCCCUUCUUCUUAAAUUCUUUCCUCUAUAUUAUUUAAAAUCACCAUAAAUUUCCAGCUGAGUUGGGUAUUUUAUUUGGGAUAUCCCCUGGCGACCAAAAUUAAUUUAGUUUAUGUCACAACCCUAAAAUUAUCCUCACAGUCUGGCAAUCACGAAAGGAUGAUGAGAACCCUCAAAUUUCUGUGAAAUCUCUUUCUUUUCUCUCUUUAUUACUUGCUUAAGUCAGUCAGUCUUUUAAACAGCUAACUUGGCUUCAAAACACAGCUGCUAGAGCAGGUGAGUAUAAAACAUCUUUUUUUUUCUCUCUUUCCUCCUUAAUUUGAAUUGAAAAGAGCCAUGUUUUUUCAAAACCUAAAAGUGGCAGGACUAGGGAAGCUGUUUACUAUGAAUCCCCUUUCCCUUAGGGAACAAACAACCCAAUUAGGCAACCUUCACUGACAAUACUGCCUAGAUUACUCUUAAUUAGCAGUGAGGGAAAAUUGGAGGAAGUAUUGGCCUUAUCCUGCUCCCCAUGUGUCUCUAAUUUUAAAAUUAAAUUUAAAAAAAACUUAUGAGGCCUGCUAGGAAAAUUUACAACAAAAUAAGACCCUUGGCAGUAGAGCCAUCAACUGACAAAAGGCAAAAUUACAGGCAACUUAAUGUUUGACUUUAGGAAUAUGUGGUUACAGCCAGUUCACAACUUAGUUAACAACUGGCUUUUCAGUAAAGACAUUAUUCCUUUUACAGUACAAACAUUGUUCUUUGUCUACUUCAUAAUCCCAGACUAUGUAUGGCAAUAGCUAUACUCUACACUGCUCCUGGUUGGGAUUUUACUUGUUGGAGCUGUAAUACUGCAUCUAUUUUUCUCUAAGAGAAAUCUGGAAAACACCAUACAUAAGCUAGAGAAUCAGAUAGUCAGUCUCCCCUUGAAAAACCCAUUUCCCAAUCAAACUGACCAAUUGUCCCUUCUACUACUCAACAACAUGUGGAACUAAAUACUCGGCUUGAACUUGUAGAGGAAAGUUUGGGGGAGCUCAUAGCUUCUAUAAAAAGGAUUAAAAGAGAUUUAAUAAUAUCCCAGAAUAGGAGUGACUUCUCUCUCCAUACUUCCUCAUUAUCAGAAUCUCUGUCCCACCCUGCUCUGGACAAUAUAGCUCCUAGUUCACAAACAAGCCCCUCCCACA